AAUGCUUAUAUAUUUGUUGUUUUUAUUAUUAUUAAAGGCUGGCUUUAUGCACAAGCUCAGCUUCAAACGCAGAGCGGGUUAUUGAAGGAUAGCAAUGGAAUUAAGCGCCGACAUGCAAAACGGAUGAACUGGGGAAGUGGACAGGAGAGGAAAGGAAAGCCACUUUAUUCUUGUUGCUACUGGGCUGGAAAUGCAGGAAUCGUAAAUUUUUCGUUGACUGGCGGGAUUGAAAACAGCAAGUCGAUGUGUUUGCGGCUUGCCGUGUUUGUGAUGUAUUACGCUGAAUGCUAGGCCAAGAAUGCAAUGAUGUCCUCUUGGACAUUUUUCUCUGUCUUGCCUUUCAUGUGACGUCCGCAUUUCUCUCCUAUUCCUCCUCUCUUUCUCUCUCUCACCACUACUUGUGUAAUUGGAUGUUUAGCUAAAGUGUCAAUAUGAGUGAGUAUAUUAAGUAAGCUUGUGAAUGGAGGUGUGUGUUUUUUUUUGUUUUGUUUUGUUUUUGUUUUGUUUUUGUUUUGUUUUUUUGUAUGCAGUGUUUUAUUUAAUGAUAGGUUAUCUUCAGUCGGUGUGGAGAGGAUAACAUCACUGUAUUUUUAAUACCGAUUCUUGUAGCCAUGUUGUCUUGGAGCUAAACACCUGAGACGAUAAAAAUGAGUUACUAUUUUUUUUCUACCUAGCUCCCCUUUCUCUUCCUUUGACAUAUCUUCAGGUAUGCACAGGUAUGCACACACACACACACACAGAGAAUAGAAGAAAACAAGGUAAAAUCAAUACGAGUGCUACUUUAUCUAUUAGCUUUCUCUCCCAUACCAUCAAUAACUAUUACAUCAUUACUCAAUAUUUACGUUGUUACGGUGAUAACAAGCAAAGCUGAGCCAUUGCUGAGGCCGGAACUGCGUAGACCGCCAUGUGGCCCUCCGCCAUCGCACAGGCAAUAUCCUCGCAGAGCGACGUGAGAUAAGAGGAUCAGAGAGAGAGAAGGAGGUGAUUGUGUCCGACAUGCAUUGCAUUUGAAGUGACUGUGUGCGCCACGUUCGACUUUUCCGUUAAAUAACUGUAUGGACUGGAGCCCAGCUGCAUGAGGUCUUGCAUUUUCUUUCCAUACAUAAAUUUGUUCAUACAUUUCCCUGGGUAAACUGGCUUUGUGGGAAGUUUUGUGUAUGGAAAUGCGACAGAUCACCCGUGCAGCCAAACACUUAGCUGCUGAGGCUGUUGUUAUUUAUCUUUAACCUGCUUUGAUCGGGGGAUUCAUCUUGCACAGGCUCACCGCUUGUCUCAAGUUCCAGUCAGAGAUUUUCCCACACAAGAGAUAAAAGCCAUCGACCUACGAGCUAUAAAGCACUUGUUCUCAGUCAACCCAGGAACGCCCGCAGGACAGGACGAGAAUGGGGACAAGGUACCCGGAUCAGUUUCACAACGUUUGACAAGAGAUUUCGUCGUCUGCUUGACAUCGUCUGCUAAAUGCAGUUAUCCAACCGUGAGAGAAACGGCUGGGUGUUCUUUCGGGUCUCAGGACAAACAUGGGGCUUUCUGAAACCUGUUGAAGAUUAGACCGAAGAUGGCAUCACACAGAAUACUGAAGCACAAUCAGAAGGAUUAAAUUACUUCCCGAAGGCUUACACGCUGGACAAUAUCUGUCAGGAAGACUGUGGGUCAGCUUGUAUCACACCAUCUGAAGUCUGUGUGUGGUCAGUGUCAGUCGACCGUGUCAAGUUUACAGAUCAAAGAAAGGUCAGACCGACAUUGUGCGAGUAGAAAGGUCAACAAAAACGUGGGGUUUGUUUAACCAGACCUCGUCAGAAAACUAGAAGUUUGGUGAGGGUAAAGGCGGGAUCGUGAGGCCAAAGUCUUUUAUGUUACUGUUUAUUGUUUGUGCAAGGAACCUAAUGGUGUACACCGACCAUCUACACAGGACAGCGUUGUUUGGCGGUUUACAGGGAUAAAGUUUACUGUUCGUUCGCUACAAAGAUUUGAUUCCUCAUUUAAUGAAACGAGUGGUAGCAGACUGCUCGUGCAUACAGUUGAAGGAGUUGUGGGAGUGACACGACGACGCGCAGCGGAGCUAGUGAACACUACUCACCGCCAUGCAUUCAACCGUCGCCUCGCUGCAGAACGUUCGCAAACAGCGACAACUGGAACUGCAACUGGUGGACCUGGACCGUAAAUGGUACACUGAGUUGAAAGGCAUUGCGCGGGAGCGCCUGGGAGUGCUGAAGGAACUAUGUCGCAUCAACCAGGACCUGCGAGAGCGGGACCACUUCUCGGGCGCUGUGCGGGGUCGUGACCUCGCACGCCUGGCUGACCGCGCGCAGGACCGCCUGGUGCAGGAGAAGGAGAGCCGGCUGCUGAGGAAGUUCCAGUUUGAGCCUGAUCCCGUGGAGAAGCUGAGCCUGACCACGCUGCCUUUGAGCGCCGACGAGGUCAGGCUCGGGGAGGAUCGCGGGAAGGUCAUGACAUCACGUGACUUCACCCGCCAGCGCAUGCAGCUGCAGAAGCUGAACUCGGAGCAGAGCCUCUUCGAGCGGCGCACAAAGCGGCGAGCGUUUCUGGACAAGAGCAUCAUCGGACCGCGGAAAGGUCACGUGCGAGACCGCGCGCGGGGGAGUGGAUGGGGCAUCGACAGGUACGCCGUCCUCACCAACGUCGUCAGCGGGGAGGCGAGCCGGAAAGACGUCGACCACACCACCACUGUCAUCGCCGACGACAGAUCCCCGGCCAGCGAUGUCGACGACACAAGCAGGCUACACGAGCACUUCCGGUCACCCAGCCUCCCGGCGCUGAACGCCAAGGACGAACUGGAGCCGGAGCUGGAGGAGACGGGGGUGAGAGUUCAUCCUUCCCUCAGCGGCAAUCACAGCGCCUCUCUGGAUUAUCUGCCCGUCAUUCGUGAUGUCACGCGACAACAGGACUUAAUGUCCUCCUCGCCUCGUGUUUCUUUGGCCGACGAGCAUCUUCCGCCUAUAGUUAAAACAUGAUUGUAUUCUAAAAAAACAAAAUGACAAUGACAAGGGAUUCAGAAAUUACUUUUACAUUUUCAAAAUAUGGUGGCUUACAUCUUUAUGGAUAACCCUGACGCCAAACACGUGAGAGAUAAUACAUUGUCAACACGUGUGCUUAUUCCCUAGGGUCAGUUUUUCCUGGAUUUGACGAAAGGCAUGAAACGAAAGGUGAGAAAAGCUUUGUGUCGGCAGCUGGCUUGCUACCUGACUUGCAGGUGUCAAGGCCAGUUUUAACACCUCCAGUCCAGCGCUCGUUCAAUCUGUCCUUUAGACCUGUACUGACUCACCGCAUGGUGCAGACAUAAUUUCGGUUUUAUUUCCUGGCCUCACCCGUCUGUUCCGUGCAGAGUCGGGGCGAUAAAAUACACUGUACAUUGCAAAUUUCCUCUGACAAAGAUAGACAUCUCCGUGGGAAACUUUUAUUUCUCCGACAGCUGUAGCUUUGCUGUGUCAUGUCUUUGUCCGCACUUUCUGUUCUGUGGGCAAGUAAAACGGUUCUGAUCAGACAUGUCGUUACUCCUCUAAUUAUUAUUAUUCUAAUGAAAAGAGCCUUGGAGUGUUGAUAAAUAAAAACGUGUUUAUAAAUAACUUGAAAUCAACAAACAGGGAAAAGAAGAAGUAGUCAAAAUAUAAAGUACGCGAGAACCGAGUCAGCAAUGUUAUACAAGACCUAAAAACAAACAUUAGAAAUCAGUCUAAGCAGGCUGUCCUUACAAACUGUCCAUGUUCCAGUCCAUCAGCUCUGUAUUUACAUGUCAGAAGUCACUAAUUCUUGUAACCGAACUGCAGGAUCGUUGGCAGUCGUGGCGGGUGGAUUAAAUAAAUACCCGACACAUAUCUGGUGUGGCCAAGGCUGGCUUUUCCGGGUGGACAAAAUUAUGUCAGUUUGAUUUGUCGGAGGUUGGUUUGCCUGAGACACAAGUGUCAGACUCUUUGUCAUGCACUUCAAACUACAAAAAUGUGCAGAGGGAAUUAGAAAGACAGACAGAUAAAGGACUGCAAACGCAUAUUCCUCGUCAGUUAACGACAAUAUCAACGGUAUGCCGUUUGUAAACGCCAAUUCUUCGUUCUUCAAGUCACGUGCGCUCCUAGUGUAAUAUCGGUUCCAGGGUCGGACAUUGUCUGGUGCUCGUGACAUGCGCACUUAAUGCCAGGAGUUCGAUUUAGGACUGGGCUGUCGAUUUAGUUUUGUUUCGAGCCGCCAUUAAGCACUGAGUGUUUCCUGGAGAACGAAGUCGGUGAUCAAUAGCUUGGGGACAGUAAGAUCUCGUCCACGAACGCUCGGUGUCCAUUUAUGAGGCUGUGUCCUAGACUGUGACACAUGCUUUGUUUGUACACAGUCCUUGUGGCACAUGGAACAUUCAGUAACAUAAUUAGUGAAGACAAAUCAAGAAUAUAAAUUACAACUCAAACUAAAACGAUGUCCUAAUGAUAUAUGUGUGUGUGGGGGGGGGUUUAUCACUUUUGAUGAAAGAUUUUUCCAAAAAAUAAAAUCCCAUGACGCAAA